UAGCUAAUCAACAGGCAAGCGCAAACCAAAGUAAACUGAUAGGUACAAUUGAUAUCAACUUUAAUGGGCGGCAGCUCAUUUUCAAAUUUAGUCUUCAGUUAACGUGUGGUUAACGUUUAAACCCAUUCCCAACAUGGCUUCGAAAAAGGUUGAAGUAAAAUAUACAAAACUAUUCAUUAACAACCAAUUUGUUGAUUCCGUCAGCAAGAAAACAUUCGAAGUUCUAAACCCAAGCACCGGAAAACCCAUAACCAAUGUUGCGGAAGGGGACAAAGAAGACAUCGACAAAGCUGUACGUGCCGCAAAAGCUGCAUUUGCAAGAGGCGCGCCAUGGAGAUCCAUGGAUGCUUCUAGUAGGGGAGCCAUCAUUAACAAGUUUGCAGAUCUUGUAGAACAACAUCUAGAUGAAAUAUCAGAACUGGAGGUGCUUGAAAAUGGAAAAACUUUGGAAUUUGCUAAAAUGUGUAUCCAAUUUGCCGUAUCAUGCUAUCGGUAUUAUGCUGGUUUCUGCGAUAAAGUAUAUGGACAAACUAUUCCAGCAGAUGGUCCAAUUAUGUGUAUGACUCGCAAAGAACCUAUAGGAGUCGUAGGACAAAUCAUCCCAUGGAACUUCCCUGCUCUGAUGCUUACUUGGAAGUGGGGCCCUGCUCUGGCCGCUGGUUGUACGUUGGUCUUGAAACCAGCAGAGCAGACCCCUCUCACUGCAUUGUAUAUGGCUGCUCUAACUAAAGAAGCCGGUUUUCCAGAUGGAGUUAUUAACGUAGUUAAUGGGUUCGGCCCUACUGCCGGAGCCUCGUUGGCUUUACACAAGGAUGUUAGGAAGAUUGCAUUUACUGGCUCAACCGACAUUGGACACCUCAUAAUGGAAUAUGCUGCAAAAUCAAACUUAAAAAAAGUGUCAUUGGAGCUUGGAGGCAAAAGUCCUUUAGUAGUUUUUGAUGAUUAUGAUGUUGAUGAAGCUGUCAAAAUUGCUGGCAAUGCAAUCUUCGGCAACCAUGGCCAAAGUUGUUGUGCUGGUUCUAGAACAUACGUACAAUCUGGAAUAUACGAUAAAUUUGUGAAGAAAGCUGCCGAAUAUGCUAAAACCAUUACAGUAGGUGAUCCUUUUGCACAAGGCACAGUUCAGGGACCACAGAUUGACGUACCAUCUUUAAAUAAAAUUCUCACCAUGAUUGAAAGUGGGAAGAAACAAGGAGCGAAACUAGAAACUGGAGGUAGUAGGAUAGGGACUCAAGGCUACUUUGUACAACCAACUGUAUUUUCGAAUGUCACAGAUGAUAUGACCAUCGCAAGAGAAGAAAUUUUUGGACCAGUCCAAUCUAUCUUAAAAUUCGAUACUCUUGAAGAAAUUAUAGAAAGAGCUAACGACACUGAAUAUGGAUUAGCUGCUGGAGUUAUCACAAAUAAUCUUACCACCGCUCUAACGUAUGCGCGAGCUGUUGAGGCUGGUUCCGUUUGGAUAAACUGUUACGAUGACGCGAUAAGACCACAAACACCAUUUGGAGGUUACAAGAAAUCUGGAAUUGGCAGAGAUUUGGGUCCAGAAUCGGUGUACGAAUAUCUAGAAACCAAGACAAUCACUAUAAAAAUGCCUUCCAAAUUCUGAAAUUUAUAAUGAAAGCUAAAAUGUUUUCAUUUACAGAUAUUGUUAAUCACUCAGUUAUGAAUGUUAUUAAAAUGUUUGUUGUUUUUACCAAAUUAUUGUUAAUAUUUUUUUAAAUAAAUUUUGCAAAUUUU